AUGAGCGUGGAGCAAGAACACGGUCAACAGUGGCAUAUAAAUAAUAAUGCGGGACAGCAGAGCCAGACGACGGCGUACCCUCCUCAGCAGCAGGCGGAGUGCUACGGGGAGUGGCGCGGCAGACAGAGCUCGGUGGCCAGCCUGCUGGUGCUGCAGAGGACCACGGCUCAGACUGUUGCUGUGGCAGGGAACCAGAGGAUGCAGCGGCCGCAGCAGCCGUACCAGCAGUCCAUCAUGAUCGGCCAGCAGCAGUACCAGCAGCAGCCCAUCCUUCUCAGCAGUGACUUCCCGGAGCUGCCCAACAGAGGGAAUGAGCACCCUGUACACCCAGGUCAAAUACGAAGACCCUUUUUACCCGACCCCGGAAAUUUCACAGAGAGGAGAGGAGUUGAGAUCCCCGAACUGCGGGCCUGGCUGCAGAGCGUCUACCCCCAGCGGGCGGCCGAGUUCUCGACGAUGGCGGCCCUGGCCAGCAGGUUCGAAGAAGUGGCGAGGAGGAUCAUCGGUCGAUCCAAUCAGGAACCGCAGCCUAUUCAGACAGACGUCCAACAGCUGCUAGAGCAGGGCCAGAACUGCCACGAAGGAAGGAGGCUGUACAGGGAUGUCGUCGCUUCCAAGACUUUGGAAGAAGAAAGUGAAACGAACAUGGACGUUAAAUUCGAGGAGCUUGAAAGGGAAGCUUUGGAACAGUACCUGAACUCGCAAAACGACAUCGACGAAGAACCAGAAGUAGAAUUAUCAACGGAAGUUGAAGAAAAGUUCCUCGACUUAGAACGGCAGGCAAUAGAACAAUAUGAAGAACAAGGGGGCGAAAUCGAGGAGCAGCCACUACAAGAAGAGCCAGAGGAAAGCUACCCGUGCCCUGAAGAACCAGACAACAUCCCCCAGUUACUAAAAGACUCGGAACUCAGCAACCAAGAAUCCAAAUUAGAAGAAGUACAGAAGAGUGAGAACACCACGUUUCCUCCGAUGGGUGCUGUUACUCAUCAGAAACCAUCCAACCGGGUCCAAGAACAGCCCCAUUCUUUGACGUUGCAUCCACAGACUGUCCCUAAGGAGGAAAUGCAUGAAGAAGCUGGACCCACAGAUCCCGAGACACCUAGACAGCUUUUGGUAAAGGAAGAAGAGCCGAAGCCGAAAAAGACUGUCCAUCCCGCAGAGGGGAAGCGGCGUGGUCGCAAGGAGCCUGCUCCUGCGCCGUCCUGCGUCCGCCUGCCCCGCCGAGGACCUGGGCAGGAGGCAAGGAGUCCCGCCCAAUCCGUUAAAAUUUCUGAGAAAUGUGAGAAAAGAUAUGGAGCCAAAACAAGCAGGCCUUCCCGUUCCAACCCAGCAUACCAAGAAAGGAGUGCCAAGAAAGGGCAGGAUAACUUCAGGAAAUCCUUCUACAAGAAGAAGGAACCGAGCCCCAAGUCAAGAAUGCUGCAAAACAAGAAGCGACCUCCUCCACUAAGCGUCGUCGACAAGGAAGUCAGGUCUCUGGUCAACUGUCUCAAGGCGAGGACUCUAAACUUCCUGAAAGACGUUGACAUCAGGAUGUUGACGGAGGAGAAUUCCAAAGUGGCGCUGAGGGAGUUGCUGUACAAGAAGCAGCAGAAGGAGAGUAUCAGGAAGGAAGUGAGGAUCAUGGAUAUACUAGACACAGACACCUUACGGCUCUACGUCAGAGAGAUAUGCAUUAUAGAUAGCGAGCUUGGCUAG